AUGGGAUUUGACGCCCUGAUAGACAAUUCUGAGAGAAGUUCGGUGGUAGAAAAUCUAAAGGAUGAAAUUAACUGCUCGAUUUGUUGCUCUAUCUUUGAGGAUCCGAUGAAAUUAGACUGCUGCGAUGGUCAUCUUUGCAAAAUUUGCUUCAACGAUGUCAAGAAAAAAUUUCAAAACUGCCCUCUUUGCCGAAAAACGAAUUUCACCGCGAAACACUCACGGCUCAUGGUGACUGUUCUGAGCCAGCUGAAACUUCUCUGUCCUGCGAAAGAGUGUAAAGAAUCCGUGGCUUAUUCCAGCUUCGCGAAUCACAAGAAAACCUGCCCGGCUUUGAACAAAAAGCCCUGUCCGGAAUGCAAGAAGCUCUACUGGAAAAAUGACUUUCAAGAGCAUUUUGAAUGCUUUUCGAAAAUUGCUUCAGCGAACGAAAAUAUGAAGAAAAAAGAAGCAGCAAAUUUGUUCAAGAUCAAAAAUUUUGAAACAAAAAAAAAGUCCUUCACAGCGAAAAAUAAGGAGCUUCAAAACAAAAUCAAAACUCUGGAGCAAUCAGCCACGGUUUCAAAAGAGGCGGAGCUAAAAAUCGAGCGACAGAAGAAAGAAAUCGCGAUGUUUCAUGAGAAAAUCAAGAAGCAUCAAAAUGAGACAACCAAAAGACUUGCUGACCAAAAGAAGUCAUUCAACAAAGAAAGCGGAGAGCGAAAGAAUGAAAUCAACAAUUUGAAGCAAGAAAUUAAAAAUCUUGAAAAAAGAAAUGCCCAAAAAAUUGACACCUCGGACUAUUUGAAUAAUGAACUCACGGUCGAAAAUUGGAAUCUGACUGAAGAAAACGAAGACUACAAAAGACAACUUCAAGAAACAAAGAUUGCGCUAGAAAGGUCAUUUUUUUCGGAAGAGAGAAAGUGGGGCGGAAAAGAUAUGAAAAUCAGUUUCCGAUUCCAAAUCGCCAUUUUCGCGCUCUUUUCCCUGGCAACCGCGAAACCUACUAGAAGAAAAUCAAGAAGCAGAAAGCUUAAUGUUUGGGACUUCGAUUACAUCAAUAAUUUCAACGUUGUUCCUGACCGAAAACUGUAA